UCUACGCGAGUAGGACCCACAAUAAUAAACAAGUUACAAUAAUUAUGAUAACGCAUCUUAGAGCUAUUAAAUGAUCAUUCUUAAUUGUGCUGCCCAAAGAAAAGUGGUGUUUAGUUAAAUCAAGACGCUUUACAAUGGGGGCUAAAAGCAAGAAACUACCGCGGUGGAUUAACCACUCAGUUUGGUUCUACAUUGACGAGCUCGCCUCCAGGGUGGUGGCUCAGACUGGCAUUCCAAGUGACAGGUUCCAUGUUGGAAAAGUUAUACUACAGAGCUUGAAAGAUGACCCUAAUUUUGUUCUGCAGAUCGAUGCAGCCUUCGACGUAUCAGAAACCAACGGUUCAGUUCUGGAGCGCUCCGUCCGCUGCGCCACCGCCCUCAGGAGCCUGGGGUUCCAGCGAGGAGACGUCAUGGUCAUCAUGGCUCCCAACCACCUCGACCUGGCCAUAGCAUUCUACGCUGCUCUGUAUCUAGGCGUCACUAUAGCGGGCAUCGACAUGACUUUGGGUGUCCGAGAACUUGAAGACACCUUUGAAGUUCUAAAACCGAAACUAAUCUUCUGCCAGACAGAUAAAGCGUCAGAUGUCGAAACAGCUCUACUCAAACAAAAUAAUACAACUCAUGUCAUAACAUUUGAUAAGGGAAGCAAAUUCUAUUCAUUCACUGACUUCCUUGAGGAAAAUGCAGAUGACACAAGAGUUGAAGACUUCAAACCAACAGAUUUUGACCCAGAAGAAACCGUGGCUUUCCUCACUUCAACAAGCGGGUCCACUGGUCUACCCAAGGCGGCGAUAGUGACGCACAAAAACCUGUCACUAGCAUUGCCACCGUUUCUGUCCAGAUUCACAGACUUCCCAACACCGACAAAACUGUAUUUCUUCGUUUCCCCCCUGCAAUGGUUGUCGGCUGGUGUACAGUACACCGCGUCGCCUAUCUACCGGUAUACUCGUCUGCAGACGUCAGCGCCGUGCACCAGGGAACAUGCUUAUGACAUCAUCAACAAAUAUAAGCCCACCACUACACUUACGAGUCCAACUUAUAUGAUGACGCUCGUGGCCGCUGAAGACAGGGCAAAAUGCGAUUUUACCUGCUUGGACACUAUCUUACUAGGUGGCAGCCAUGCGCCGACUACACUAUUAAACAUUCUAAAGACUAUGGCACCGCAAGCAGACGUCCUUAAUAUGUAUGGCAUGAGCGAAAUAACAGGUCUUGUCAUGUCAUGGGACGCUGGAGCCCCUAUGGGUUCCAUUGGCAAAGUCGUGGGGCAUGUACAAUACCGGUUAGUAGAUCCCUCUACAUUAGAGGAUAUUGACGAGCCGAACGUUCCUGGAGAGCUGUGGGUGAAAGGACCUACUCUUUUUAAGGGUUAUUACAACAAUCCAGAAGCCACCAAAGAGGCGUUUUCCGAAGAUGGCUGGUUCAAGACGGGAGAUCUGAUACGCAGGGAUGCCAAUUACAACUUCUUCUUCGUAGACCGUUUGAAAACGCUGCUGAAAUACAGGAAUCAUCAAAUAUCGCCCUUGGAAGUGGAAGGGGUGAUCCGCAAGCACCCGGGAGUGGUCGACGUGGUGGUGGUGGGCGUGCCCGACGAGGAGUGCGGCGACCUGCCCGCCGCGUGCGUGGUGCCGCGCGCCCCGGGACAACUUACUGCGCAGGAGAUCAAGGACUUGGUCAAAGAGAAUCUUACGGACACCAAGCAGCUUAGAGGAGGAGUGGUGUUCAUGGACCACCUUCCAAUGACCGUCUCUACCAAAAUAGACAGAAUGAAGUUGAAGAAAAUGGUGGCCGACAUGAAAAAAGACGGACGAUUAGUCGUAGAGCUAUAACUUAAAAUUAUAAUAGCAAAAUUUAAACUGUCUUUUAUUGAAAAUAUUAAAAGCACCAAUAACCACGAUUUUAUCCCUGACCUCAGAAGUCCUAAAAAGCUGAAAGUAUUAAUAUACCUGUGUAACAAGAAAAAAAUAUUUUUAUU